AUGGCAUAUAAAAACACCACUGUUUCCUUUGAGGACAAUGUGGUUCUCCAACCAAGAGAUGACCCCAUCAACAUCUUGAGCAUAGAAGCAUCUAGGACGAUAGACAAGUUCAUCCUGGCUUUCCAGCCUUGUGUGGUGGUCAUCGGCCUGUCCACCAACGUGGUCAACAUUGUGGUGUUCUGUCGCCAGGGACUACGGGACCGGAUGAACCUCUGCCUCUUCUGUCUGUCGCUUGCAGACUUGUGUUACUUGGUAACCAUACUCUUCGUCCUCACUGUCAGCUCCAUCAUCACACAGGUCGAUCAGAACGUUGGUGCGGUUUACAGUGUCAAGUCGAUGACAUAUGGUCUGGGUUUUAUUUUCGGCACAGCGGCGCUGUCUCGCUUGAUCUCCAUGGUGAUCGCCGUCGAACGAUGUCUGUGCGUUGUGUUUCCGUUACAAGCCACGUCCCUCGUUAAGACCCGCACUAUGGCCAGGAUUUUCCUAACCAUCGUGAUAGCUACUAGUAUCACAGUAGUCCGGCUGAGAGCCGCCAUGUCUUGGCGCAAGAUGACCAGCUCCAGCAGUAGUGUGGAUCAAAGCCAGCAGAUGGCGCUGACCAAAAUGCUCGUGAUCAUCUCGUGCAUCGAUAUCACGUGCUCAACGCUAUUUGUCUCUCAAGCGCUGGUGGAGAAUAUUCGCAGCGACUUUUUCGUGGGCGGACCUUAUUACAAUCUGGUAAAUUUAACAGGAAGUCUGAGCACGGUCUUCAACAGCCUCAACAGUUCCAUCAACUUCUUUGUUUACAUCACACGUUCUACUCGCUACCGAUACGAGCUGCAGCUGUUGUGCCGAUCUAGAAUAGCUUUAAAAACAAAAAGAAAACCAUAG